AUGAUCGGUCUCCACACCGCGCUCGCGCCCUUGAUCGCGCGCGUGUUGCGGCACUACGUCGACGGAAUAUCCAAGGAGAAUGUCCACGCGAGUUUGCUCGGACGAAAACUUCGCCUGAGCGACGUGACGCUGCGCAAAGACGCGCUCGAUGGACUCGCGUUGCCGUGUAACGUGGUCAAGGUGCGGGUGCGGGUGUUGGAGAUCGCGUUUAGGCCGUUCGCGAGAGAUUCGAUCGUCGUCAAGGUGGACGGCGUCGAGUGCGAGCUCGAACAGGCGAGCGAAGGGGACGACGACGUGGAUUACGAUGAGCUCUUGAGCAGGAGAGACGCGAGGGAAAAGAUUAUGGAGGAAAUAGCGAGGGAUUUAGCGUCCAGGGUGGAGGCCGAGACGAGCGGGGGGGUGUCGAAAGCGAUAGCGGCGGCGGCGCUCGAGCGGUUAUCUUUCGAGAGCGCCGCCGGGAGUGUGACGUUUAGAACCAGAGGUUCGCGUCGAGGGGUCAUUCAGGUGGGUUGGAGGAACGUUUCGAUUCGAAGUGCGUCGAUGACGACGUCGACGUCGACGUCGACGUCGAGCAGAGCCGAUGAUGAGGACGGCGAUGGAGAAUUGAGCGGCGUUCGCGCCUCAAAGCGAUUCAAGGGAGUGACUAAGAUCAUGUUCAGCGGCGACACACGGAAGAGGGUGGAAUUGAAUGGGUUGUCGGUAAUCGUGAAUGACGGUGGCGGGUCCUCGGGAGUCGUUAUCGGGCCGGAUGCUCGACUUAGGAUGGAUGCGCACUUGCACAAGAGACCGAAGAGAGAGCGAUAUGAGCAUCCCAAUGCGUCGGUGUAUGUCGUGAAGAUGGACGUUAAGGAUAAAUUAGAGGCACUUGUUAGCGCGUCUCAGGUGAAGAUGGUGCAACUUGCGAUGGACGACAUGGAAAUGUGGGCGAAGAGGAGGGCUCACGGCGAGCGGAGGCCGAAGACCAAAAAUCCAGUUGAUUGGUGGAGAUACGCAGUCAGAGCUACGGUACCGCGCGGAAAGCGACAUAGAGCUCGAGUCUUGGAAACGAUGCGGCGCGCGAAGGCACAUCUAAAAUCCUACAUCGAAAUACACGCCGAGCGUUCGCUCGGAAAGGAGGUGGCGAUGCCGAAACAUCUACAAAGUUUUGAGGCUGGGCUCAGCAAAUACGAUCUUGUUUAUAUCACCCAACUCGCCGAAGUUGAAGCGGCGAAACGGAGGAAAGGAGGAGACUCAGAGAUGGAUAGUUGGCUUCCGUCAGAGCACACCAUGUACAGUGCGUCGCAAAUUUUUGGCACGAGUGAAGAUGUCCGGCGUCCUCGCACGUCCACCAACACGUCGACAUCUUCAUCGAAUUUCUCGAGUUAUGUGUACGCGAAAGGUACGGGUUAUCUGUCCAAAGCGUAUGGCUACAUGAGAUUUCCUAGUCUCAGCCGCUCUAGCGAGGUGUCCCAUGAUGAAUUCAAACCUGAAGCAACGAUUGUAAUUCCUGGUGUUUCCGUGACAAUGUGCGAUCAAUCAAUGUCGAAUAGAGUCAGGUUCACCGCACGUGGAAUUUCGUUGAAUCACGGUCCGCUAGUGAAUGACGUCGACGGCGUUUUGAGUGAAACCGUACUCACCGUGGACCAGGUUCACGGCGAGGAUUUGAGCAACGACCGCGUGGGGAAAAUGAUAUGGGCACGUGUCGUCGACGGCGACGACGCGCGCCCAGCAGUUGUGGUCAAGUUGAACCCAGACUCGUGCCCAGAUCUCGACGUCCUCAUGAGUACUCACGUCAAACUUUCACCACACGCCAUCGUGGUUCAGCCGAGUACUAUUCGAGUAUUGAUGUCCAUGAUGAAUGCGCUUGAUACACCUUUCGCCACGGCCUUCAAAAAUUCCGCACUUGCGCUUAACAGCCACUCACCACAGUGUAGAUUGGGAAUCAUUGAAUCACUCGGAUCAGGGUUAGUAGCAAGUCCGACUCUGAUCGAGGUUGACUCUCCGUUGAUUAUUAUUUCGUCGAAACCUGUCAGUCGCUUCAAGACAGAGAAUGACAUCUCUGGAGCCUUGGCCUUCGGAGUCGAGAAGUUUGUGUUGUGCACGCAAAACGGUUUGCUGUCGCGUGAAGACGUUUUUGAUAAGCUAGUGGAGGAGAGUUCGACCUCCGAUUUCGAAAACGUGAAUGCGCUCGCUCUGCGCACUCGCACUUUCGCGCGCGUAGACGGCGCUUGGGCGAGCGCGUCCAACGCCCCAAUGCCGAUUGUGUCAGACGUGAAAAUGACGCUAGUGAACGACAUCACCUUGUUCGAUUCUGAUACGACAAUGGUUAACCUCGGCCCUUUAGAGCUCGAGUUCACUCCAGAGAGCAUGGCUGCUUUGUUGCACGCCGUUGCGGUUUUUUCAGACGUCGCGCCUUCGUCAUCAUCCUCAUCGACGACACCGGCGCCCGUCGAUUCCGCAGUCAAGUUCGAGGUACCAAAGAUCAAGGUGAGUCUCAAGAGCGGAGACGACCGUCUGGAAUACGUCAUCUCAGAUGUUAACGUAGCGAUGAAAGGUUCGUCGAAUGAUUGGAGAAUGAAGUCGACGAUUGGUCAGCUUUCUGGUGAGCACGUAUCAGGCUUUGAGAGAACAGCGCUUUUAAAGUGCUCGUCGCCAUUCAUGAAGGCAAAUGUGUGCUCACGAGUCGCCGGAAUCAUUGAAGUUGGUACGAUUGAGGCGCGAUGCACGAGGCAGAUGUUGAACAUGCUCUCCGAUAUGGCUUUCCAAACGAAAGGAAUUCGCACAAUCGAGGGCGACUUGGUUCUAUGUCCUCGUAUGCAUGAAUGCUGUCCAAUUCAAAGUGAGUUUGAAAAGGCAUGGAGUUCGGUUGAGACAUUCGAUAUUCCCGACACUGGAGCGGGUUUCUUACGCGGUACGAUAGAACCGAUGUGCUUCAAACUCUUCGAGGAGUCCGAUGAAACAGAUGCUCUCAUUCUGACGACGCACGCUAUGGAAAUUUGUGGCAACGUGACGCACGUCGAGCUCGAGCUUCAUAGAAUGCUCCUCUCUAUUCUAAACGUGCGCUCACAAAUGCUAUUGUUUGAUGUCGAAGAAGUACGCGCGCAGCAUUCAGUUGGCACGAAAGAGACCACGAGUGUGCGUAUUGGAUCGAUCGCACUUGAAGUGACGCCUGAGAGCACACGAAGAUUGGUCGCAAUCAUGCAGACUGUUCCUCAGAUACCGUCGUUGUCGAUCGAUUCACCGAAAUCCAAUACUAACGCGGGCAUCAUUUCUUCUCUUCCUAACUUGGAUUUGAGCGUUAAGAGUGUCAAGCUGAGCGCUAAGGACGAGGAUGAAGUGGCUGUUAUAUUCUCUGAUGUGGCCACGCGUAUCGAUGCACACGACAAAGCAGUGAAAAUAGAGUUGAAUAUCGACUCCGCAGGCGUCGAUGUAACGACGCGAAGCAAUCGAGAUCGACCGUUUAGCGUGAUCAAGUUGAACGACAAGACGCACGACGCCUUGAAAGUAGUCGCUGAAGGCAUUUCUCGUACAGAGAUGCGAGAAGAAAUCAAGGUGGAAGUACAUAUCGGCGAUGGAGUUGUUGAAUUCAACGCCCCGUACAUUAUUGCUGCCGUUAACGUUUGUACCAGCAUCUCUCGAUCGCUUCCAGAACAGAAUUCGUCACCGAUGGGCACAACUUCGAGGGUCGAUGUAGAACGCAGUCCAUCGAUAACUGCCGAGUUGAGCACUGGCAUGUGGACCUUCCAACUGCCAUGGCGAUCGGAGCUUGAAAGACACGCGCCACUGCGCAUGAUACGACUGAGAACGAGACAAGCGGUUGGAUUGCAUGAAUUUGUACUUGGCUCGACAAUUCAGGCGACGUUUUUCCUUCAAGAGUUCAAGCUCGAGACGGGAUACUGCAAAGAUGAACAGGACCAAGAGGACUCUUCCGUAAUGUUCACGCUCGCGGAGGUCACCGGAUUGGAAACUCAGAUUAAUGUGCCUGCGACGUCCUCAUCGUAUUGCACAAGCGAGGUUGUUCCAAAAUUUGAAGUCACUGCUGAGAGCGUGAGUGCUCACGCGAAUGAAAUCUCGCUGCAUCUUCUCAUAGAAAUUGCAGAGCUGGUCAUGGCCCAGCCCGCCACGGCGCAGGCGAUUGAAGCGUAUGACGCACUGCCUCAGAGCGCUUCUUCGAAAAUUUUCGAGGCUUCCUUACGCGUCGAUGUCAUCACUGCGUGUCUUGAAUACUCUCAAGUGCAUCGCAGCGUGCCAAUCGUGCAAGCUAUGAUGACCAACAUGCGAGCAGAGAUGAGGAGCUCUAACUUGGGAGCGGAUAUCAAUGUCAACGUUCACGCGGAGGUUGAUUAUCUACAUCCAGUAAAAGCAGCGUGGGAGCCAAUCAUCGAAUCGACGCCGUUUCUCGUCUCAACUAAAAUGACCACUGAGUUUCAGCCGACUUCGGUCACUGUGUCAGUCGCUUCUGGGUUGGAUGUGACUGUUUCACCAAGUGUUGUCGAAGCCCUGCUUAAGGCGCAAGUUGUCGUAGAAUCAGCGCAGACAGCAAUAGCAGAUCUUGAGCACUCUACCUCUUUUGGACCAUGCUCGUAUCAGAUGACGAACGUCACGGGUUUUGACGUCGAUUACGGGUUGUCUUACGUUCGUGAUGGUGCGAUCACGCAUGCCGGAGAGGGUACAACUGUCGCCGGCGACACUCAACUGAUGCGCUUUGCAAAACGCGAGGAGAAGUAUCGGGUUGAUCAACACAGAGUCUUCGAAUGUGGUGCAUCUUAUUGGGCGUCCCCCAUCGAUGACGACGAUGUUGAUGGUGGACAUGGACAAGACACUGCGCAGGAACCCGUACCCCACGUGUCUGUGGAAUUCAAAACAGUGGACGUCGAUGCUGAACCGAUUUCCCUCCAUGGAGGAAUGGAUGAGGAGCGCAGGUUAUUAGAAUAUGCAGCUCAUCUCGAGGACGGUUCGAGCACACGGAUCAUCGCCGAGAUCGGCCCAUGUUCAACCAGAGUGAACCGUUACGAAUUGCUUCUCCGAUCUGACGUCUCGAUCUUGAAUGGUACGAGCUUUCCAAUCGUGAUGUGCUUUCAGCACAGUGUCGCUCUCCCGUCGACGAUUUUUGGACCGAUUUUCCCGGGCGAGAGUGCCUGGCUUCCCAUACCUUUGUGCAAAUAUCGCAAAGUGCAGUGGCGUGCGAUGUCACUUGACGAGGAUUUUGAGGAUUUUGGCGACAUUUCUGCUGUGGAUGCCGACGUGGGCGAUUCAUUAGGUGGAUCGCCAUUUCUCAGUCCUUUGCAACGCGGGAAGAAAUCAGCUACCAGUCAGUCGCCGCGACUCUGUGGCGGCAGUUCGGGACCACGGCAUCAACAUCACUGGAGCACCGCAUUCACCUUCAAUGAUCUCAUAACCAACGAUGGUGCGAUAGCUGCGUCGCUAUGCUCAACAGCUAGUGCGCAAGAGGUUGAAUCUUCCAAGCCGUACACGUGCGCACUCGUCGUGACUCGCAGCGAAGAGUUCAAACGGGUGCAACUCGCUUUGUGCUCACCACUGAGGAUCGUCAACGCGCUGCCGCUACAGCUCGUCGUAACGUGCUGUUCGAAGAAUGCCUUUAAGCACGAUAUGAUAACUGAAUCCCGCGUGGUGAGUCCAGGUGAGUCCGUCCUUUUCACCACUCUUCAUCCAACUUGGUCGGCGACGGUGACAGCGCAAAUCAUCGGCUACGAGACGUGUGAGGAUCUAAUCGUGCCUGAGUACACGCAGGCUCUGAAGACUGCCAAACGACGCUCAAACGGUGAAAUAUAUCACAUUGACCGCGACGCGAAGCCAGUGGAUCGCAAAGGAAGUCAGGAUUCUUUCGCAGCGGUUUCACUUCGGUUUGCAUUUUCAAUAGACGACGUGACGCAAGUACGAACCUUGCACUGCGCCGCGCCAUUGAUUAUCCUCAAUGCGACAUCAUGUGCGAUCGUGCUCGAAGACAUGCUGCACGGGAUUAAAGCGGAAGAUUCUACACUACUGCGUGAAGCCGAAUCGAAUGAGAUGAUCCCUCAGACGCAGCAAGGCAAGCUAACGAGCACGCCACUGCGUCUUUUCGAGGAAGACGCAGAGAAUUUUGAGACGCCGCCACCGGUGUCACCGUUCGCUCGACUGGCUCAAAAUCAGGCGUUACCGCAGCUUUCAAGCUCACGUUCCUCAACUGUGUUCACGGACGCGAGUCCAGUGUUACUGAGGCAAUCUUCGUUGCGUUUGAAUGCUGAAUCAAUAAAUUUCGUCACUCCAACGACACCUGGACAGCAUUCAACGCCAUCUGUCGUGCAAAGGUCAGAAUUCUACGACAAAGGUGACAAUGGCGUCGCGACGCGAGUGAGUAUUCUAGGGAGCUCUGCGCACUGGCGAAAAAAAAUCACUCAUCGUCCACGUGUGCGCAUUCGUCUCAAGGCAUCCCGGUUUUGGAGUAGGCCGUUCAGGAUCAGCCCCGACGGCGUUCCCAUUGAGAUAUCAGUUCCUUCUGAGAGCAGCGCUGACGUGUGUGAGCAUCGUUUCAUCGCUACAUCUAGCGUCGCUACAACGGAGAAAAUGUAUGACACUGCAAAACUCGAUAUUCGACCAAAGUUUCUCAUCAAAAGUACGCUUGACGAAGCGAUUUGGAUACGACACGGUGGCACCGAGCAUGUCGAGCUACUGCCUGCUCGAACGACUAGGCCUCUGAAAUGGUUCGAUUGGAGAGGGAAAAAGUCAAAAAUUGUCAUGUUUCGACCGGAAAAGGGGGUGUUCGAGUGGUCUAAGCCUGUGAUUGUUCCGGAUCACGUGGCGUCCAUUCUGAAGAUGCAUCACAUCGGCGUAAAUAGCAGCAUGCACACGGAAACCAUCACCGUCUCCAUUCUCGAGAACGACGACAGUUCCUUCACGAUACGCAUAGCGCGGCCGACUGAGAUCGACGGUAUCCUUGGCAUGCACACGAUUGAGAAUCACUCAAACGUUGAGAUUUGGUAUCAUCAGCUCGGCACAAGUGGUGAUCAGUUGCGCCUGGGUCCGAAAGAGAGCGACGAACGUAUGAUAGAGGAUUCGUCUCUACCGCGUGCCCUGGUCAUUGGUUACGGUGAACUCCCUUUAGGAGAGCCAAUAUCUCUGGAUGUCUCGCGCGAGAUAUCGUACAGCGUCGUGACCACGGAUCGAAACUGUUUGCGAAUCACGGUGACGAGAGAGGGUCCGAUGUGUUCCGUAAUAAUUGAGGAUGCGCUCGGCACACGUGUGUCUACAACACCCGAGCGUCCAAUCUUGCGACCGAAAUCUGUCGAACGCGACAACCCGCAGGUUGAUUUUUCGCUGAAAUGCAAUUGGAUUGGCAUGAGUAUGCUUCACGGUCACGAAGAGCUCAUGUACGCACGGAUGAGCGAUGUGGCCGUGAAGACCAUCACAGAUGGCUCAGAGUUCAAGAGCGCUCUUCGUGUUAAGCACAUUCGAGUGGAUCAUACGAGCACGCGAGCAAAACGGCCCAUUGUCUUGGAUAUACCGGAGCGACAUCAGAGUGCUCGCGAGGCCAUGGAACUUCAAGUUCACGGUUGGAUGCAUAGAAUGAACGGCUUACCAGUUGUGCGUUCAUUGAAGAUUGAUUUGGCUCCGGCGUUCAUUGACAUACACGAUGAACUCAUCGACGUAAUACCAUUGGCGAUCGAACCGUGCAUGAGGCAUGCCGAACUUCUUCUACCGCCAGCGAAACCGAACAAGGGGAAGAGCAAGGGAUCGAACAAGCGUCAACAAGAAGGUGAAACCAUGAGCGCACUCACAUCGGUUUACCUGCAGGAACUAAUCAUCAAUGAUGUGGAACUCAUCUUGUCGUUUUCCCGAUUACCGGGGCUACCCAUCGCCAUUCGCUCUCUCGCUGGGGUCGACCGAGCGCGCCUUCGCAUGAAAGGUUUUCAUAUGAACCAACCUUCGCUAAUGGCGGCAGAUGUUGGCGCAAUGGCCGCGAGGCAUUUCAGCAGAGAGGCUGUCGUCCUUGCGAGCUCCUUGUGGGCGCACAAUUCUUUGCUCGGUGAUCCAAAACGAUUGUGGGAAGAAAUAUUUGAGGCGUUCAAUGAGUUCCAUAGCGGGUCAACAGUCACAGCGUUGCCGCGAGUUGUCAUGGCACUCACAGCGGCAUUCGCGCACUCCGGAGAAGUGGCCUUAUCACAAGCGAGAGAUGUCGUCGAGGGUUGGCUCGAAGCUUUGGAAGCUUCGCAGAGCAAGCGGCGCUUCGCUCUUCAAACUCGGAGACUCGGUGCGGUGGAGGACUCGCAGAAGAAAGUCAGUGAAACUUUACUUCAACACGCGUUUGAUACCGUCGCGCGAGUUAUUUUUGACGUUAUCGACGGACCUUUAUCCGGUAUGGAGAUAGGUGGCGUGUGGGGCAUGAUGGAAGGUUCAGCAAUAGGCGCACUGAGCGCGUUCACUCGCGUGUUGGCGACGAUUUUAGACGCCUCUGAGUUGAGCGCGCGAAGGCUUCGAUUGUUUGCUGCGAUUAAAACGUUCGAUGAGAGCGAAUACAUGCGGCCGAGACGUCCGCUACCGACGUCUUACAUGGACCCUGUUCGUCCUUACCAUUACAUCGAAGCAAUCGGGCGGAUGACGCUUGCGAAACUAGAGACGAGCGAACGUGAUGAAAAAUUCGUCGCCGCGGCAACCAUGUCGUGGCCGUCGUACGACUUCUGCAUCUUGACCGGAGGUAAACUCCUCAUUAUUAGUCGACCACGCGAUGCGGGAGCGAUACCAUACGUUCGGUCGAGCGUGAGAUUUGUGGACAUCACAGGCGUCCUUCGUGAUAGCCAUCGCGUAUCGAUCAACGCCGUGACUGCCGUUGAAUCGAUGCAAUCUCAGCCGGUGACGAUGCAAAGCGCACUCGAUCGCGCGUACAGCUUCGCGCUCUCGGCGCUCGGUCGUUUUAGAACGAGCGCGUCGACGUAUUCGACUCCGAACGACGAGGCAUCGCGCGCUUACGAGGACACGACGCCAAGGACGGUCGUAGUGCGAUGCGCCGACGAGGACGCUGCACAUUGGCUCACCAGCGCGCUCUCGCCCUUCGUCCACGCCAACUCCGCGCGACGCCAGUAG